CACAAUCCGGUGAACCUGGCCAGUUUCGAACUUGCAGUUACUGCGCGCGCACGGAUUUUCUAGCUGCUUGGUGUCUGCUGAAGCAAAGAGGUCCUGCCGAUUGCGAUUGUUUUCGGUGCUAGAAGCGAAGAACAACUUGGGCCUCUUGGUGGUGAACUGUUUGGAAUUCGAGGGUCCACAUUUCUCGGUGGUUCAGAUUUGCAUAAUAAAACCAAUUUUUCGAUACUGUACUGUAGUUGCGGUUGAUUUGGGAUCGUGUACGAAUCGCUGAAAAGUUUACCAUACUCGACCAUUGAAGCGUUGUACUUUCACCGUAAAUUGUGAGUUAGUUUUUUAAUUGUUUUCUAUCCUUCAAAAUAAAACCCAUCGGUGAGUUCAAAAUGGGCGCUGGAAAUGUGUUCACGUGUUGCGGAGUCCUGCAAAAUGAUGUUUGAGUGCAGGUUGAAAUCAAGCAAGGCCAGGGUCCCUUUUUUAUAGGAAAAAGGCAGACGAAAAGAAAAAUCGAAAGUGAUUGUAACGAGAAAGGUGGUUGAGGAGAAUAAACCUUUCGGAUUGUGUUUUUGGGUUUGAAGUUUUCAAAAAGAAGCAGACAAAAGUGUACAUUUUGGCUGUAUGACCCCGCGGGAAGUUAUCGAAACUUAAUACCGAAGAUCCCAGCAACCGGGGGCGAAGUGAUUGUAGCUGGAGCGUGAACGAGUGCAGUUUUCUUAAUCAAUGAAUUAUCGUAUCCGGCCGGGCCAGUAAUCAAAUAGCACUUAAGUCGCAAAAAGGUUCAGUGUGUCCUGUUGGAUUAAUUACGUCCACCUAACCGGUGGAACGGUACCGGAGAAAACCGAUUAGGAAAACGAUUUACGUCGUAGUUUUACGACUUUUUAACUAUACUUCCACCGAACGCUGGUGGUCUCACUUGGCGAGAUUCCGGCGACGAAGGCGAACUACGAAACUCAAUCAAGAUGACUUGUGGUAUCUCGUGUGUGGACAAUGCUUUGAACCGGUCAUUCUACAAGCUGGGUAAAUUCAUCGGACGGCAUCCAGGAUACUUUGUAAUCGUACCAGUGCUACUUACGCUGCUGUGCAUAACUGGCUAUCAACAGAUCCGGUACGAGAUCGACCCAGAGUACCUGUUCUCGCCGAUCCGGGGCGAGGGCAAAACAGAACGUGCCAUCGUCGAGAAUUUUUUCAAGGUUAACUACACACAUCGUUUCAACGUUGGCCGUAUCACCCGACCGGGACGUUUCGGUCGAGUAAUUAUCACUUCCAAGGACGAAAAUAAGAACCUCCUGCGGCGAGCAGUUUGGGAAGAGCUCCGAGUGCUGGACGGAAUCAUCCAGAAUGCAACAGCGCACUACGACGGGGACUCGUUUAGCUAUCGGGAGUUAUGUGCCCGAUGGGAAAACGAAUGCUUCUUGAACGACAUCCUCAACCUAGAUCAAAUCAUCGAUGAAGUCGAGGCUGGCGAGCUGAAUCUCACCUUCCCAGUUAUGUUUAACCCGGUCACGUGGGACGCGCACGUUUUUCCAGUCUUCUUCGGUGGAACCCAAGUAUCGGAGGACAACCUCAUCAUCUCGGUGCCGUCACUGCAGAUGGUAUACUUUGUGACGGCGGAUUCUAAGCGACAGGACGCGCGUGGUGCCGCCUGGGAAGAAGCCUUUCUCGAUGCGGUCGGCUACGCGGAAGAUAACGGCUUGUUCAAACACAUUAUGGUUGCCCGAUUCGCUUCGCGUACGCUCGAUCACGAGCUCGAACGGAACACCCGGACUGUCGUGCCGUAUUUCAGUUCGACCUUUUUACUGAUGGCGGUGUUUAGUGUUAUAACUUGCAUGAUGGGUGAUGUGGUGCGUUCGAAGCCAUGGCUCGGAUUGCUUGGUAACUUGUCGGCGGUGAUGGCAACGUCGGCAGCCUUCGGACUGGCCAUGUACCUUGGGAUCGAAUUCAUCGGAAUCAACCUGGCUGCACCGUUUCUAAUGAUCGGUAUCGGAAUAGACGACACAUUCGUGAUGCUUGCCGCGUGGCGACGAACCUCGGUUAAAUUGUCAGUGCCGGAACGCAUGGGUCAAAUGAUGUCCGAGGCGGCCGUUUCUAUCACCAUCACCUCACUGACAGACAUGAUCUCGUUCUGGAUCGGCAUCGUUAGUCCCUUCCCGUCGGUCAGGAUCUUUUGCAGUUACAGUGGAUUUGCGGUGUGCUUCACCUACCUGUGGCACGUGACAUUUUUCGCCGGUUGCAUGGCAAUAUCGGGAUACUGCGAGCAACGGAAUCUGCACGGAACCUUCGGAUAUAAAGUGGUACCUGUGUCGGUCGCUAUCAAAGAGAAACGAUCAUGGCUUUACCGAAAGUUCAACACCGGUGGAAUCAACCACGACGAUCCGGACAACCCAAUCGACAACCGGGAACAUAUGCUGAUGAAGUUCUUCCGCGACAAGGUCGCCGACGUUCUCAACCGAGGCUGGGUGAAGGCAUUAGUAAUUUUGAUCUUUGCAGCCUAUCUUGGGGGGGCCUGCUACGGAUUGACCAACAUCACUGAAGGAUUGGAACGUCGGAAGCUCUCCAAAGAAGACUCGUAUUCGGUGAAGUUUUUCGACCUUGAAGACGAGUAUUACCGUGAAUUUCCGUAUCGGAUUCAAGUGAUCGUGACCGGUGACUUAAACUACUCGGAUCCCACUACGCAGAUGCAAAUUGAGGAUUUGAUGCAAUCACUGGAAAACACGUCCUACAUCACGUCACCGCUGUAUAGCGAAUCUUGGUUGCGGUCGUUUAUCUCGUACGUGGACAGGAAUAAUGACUAUUUGAAUCUGACGUUAGACAGUGAACAGGCAUUCAUAGACGCCCUCAAAGAGAUAUGGCUGUUCCCAGCAAAUCCUUUCUCAUUGGACGUGAAAUUCAACGAAAAUGGCACCCGCAUUUUAGCGUCACGUUUCAUGAUUCAAGCCAUUAACAUCACCGACACCAAUCAUGAGAAAGUCAUGGUGAGAGACCUACGUCAGAUUUGCAAAAAUUCGCCGUUGAAUGCAACCGUUUUUCAUCCUUACUUCGUAUUUUUCGAUCAGUUCGAAUUAGUUCGGCCCACUUCAAUCCAAUCGAUGGUGAUCGGUGGAUUGAUCAUGAUGUUGAUCUCGUUCAUCUUUAUUCCGAAUUUCCUCUGCUCGUUGUGGGUUGCCUUUUCGAUUGUAAGCAUUGAACUUGGGGUUGCUGGCUACAUGAGCUUGUGGGAUGUUAACUUAGACUCGAUCUCGAUGAUCAAUCUGAUAAUGUGUAUCGGAUUUUCGGUUGACUUCACAGCGCACAUAUGCUACACCUAUAUGUCAUGCAAGGCUAGAACCCCAGAUGAACGAGUCCGACAGGCACUUUACAGCCUUGGAAUGCCUAUCGUACAGGGUAGUGUUAGUACCAUUCUGGGGAUGAUAGCGCUUUUAUUGGCUGGUAGUUAUAUUUUCUUGGUAUUCUUCAAAAUGGUAUUCUUGGUGAUCUUCUUUGGGGCGAUGCAUGGACUGUUCCUGCUACCGGUGCUGCUGUCACUUUUUGGCCCAGGAUCGUGUACUUCAUAUUCCGAAGAUGAACUUAAAAUGUCCGCAGUAGAAAAAGCAUAUCCUCAUCCUUAUUGUAUAUCACACCCUCAGUUGGCGUUGACUGGGGCUUUUGGUAGUAAAACGUUUCUUGGGGCUCCAUACAAGGCUUACGGAGAUGAAAAAGAUCUAGGACUGGGUACUUCAGGGGAGGAUUCCAGUGAAAGUUCCAGUAGUAAAUCACAACGAAGGCAAGCGAUUGAAGAUGAAAACACUAGAAGAAGGUACGAAGAAGGUUGGAGAAGAUCAUCGCACAAUCUCACUGGACAGAGUCAGUUUCAGCCCGUUUUGGAUCUGUAUGGGCAAGAUUCAGUGUGGUCUAAACCAAUAAGCAAACCUACUAUAAAAAUGGGUAACAGUCGCUUCGUUUAUGACGAUUCGGUUAACAUAGCCCAAGGUCAAACUUCAACGAAGAAAAAAUACGACUACGAUGAGGAUUUACGUCGGCCGGAAGAUACCCGAGUACGCAAGUACCGCUAUGAAGACAACCGAACGUUUGAAGAUGAUGAGGUUGUGGAGGACGACUAUCAACACACAAACCGUUACUACAUGUACGACACUAGUCAUGUGAAGCGCAUUUCAAACGACAGCAACAACAGCGGCAGUGACAGCAACCAUAGCAACCCAAAUCGCCGGAAGUACUCAGACGAUGAUGACCACAACAAACGACGACGCUUCAGUGAUGAACGCCGCCCAAGAAAAUAUUCCCCACCGGAGGGUAUCUAUAAACAGAAUCCCCACCGUUCAUCCUCGCAGCACAAUCUGUACUAUCCGCGGCAACCACCGCAAAGGACCGUAUCCCAGAACAGUUUGCAUCAGCUGCGGCACAUGGGUGAUAUGAGAUUUCCUUGAGAGUUAGCCUGAGUCUGGUUUCUAGUUUUGUUGUAUAUGUAGACAACGGUAGUAGCGGGUGGUUUGAACUAACAGCGUAGAACUUUAAGUAGGCAAUUUUAAGAUUUUCACCUCAAUCCGAUGGGAGCGCUCCUCCAUUAUCCUAAGGAGCUGUUUUCAUUUUCUACCUUUUUCCUUUCAUUCGAUUUCGGCGAUAAUUCAUCGUUUUCGGUAAUCUGAUUCAUGAUUGAUUGAUCAAGUUCGAUUGCGAGCAGCAAGAGAUCGAAACAAAAUUUGUUUUCAUGACACUAUCCGAUAUCGAAAAAUUCUGAAAUAAAUUAAAUUUAACAAAGCCUAGGUUUUCAAAGCACUACCGAAGAAUGAAAAUUAAAAUGUCGUAACAUAGUAAACUUCUGAUAUUUGAUGAAUAUUUAAUUUGAUUGUUCGAGCAAUAAAUUUGAACAUCCGGAAAAAACUUUUUCCGUAUGUGAUCUAAUGCACUACCAUUUGAUUACACUACUGAUAUCUACUAUCUAACCAUCGCCCAAACGUUCAUCAACUAUAGGAAAGUAACCAAAAUCAAAACCAUGACUGAUGCGAUGUUUUUGGAAGGAAAUAUGCAUGUAUGUAUUUCAUUUGGAAGCCAUUGGUUAUUGAGCUAUUGAAGAAUAGUUUCAAUGACGCUUUUGAGUUCUGUUUGCACAUGUUUAGCUCGUUUUUGGAGAACAUGUAUAUUUCCUUCCAAUUUCGCAAACCUCUUCAAUUCGAAAUCGUCCAACAAUUGCUUCCACUGCUAAUUCUUCAAUUCCGUGGAAUCUCCAGAUAAACUCAGUUUGUAUCAUAUUAGUGAAGUUAAUCUAAUAAUUUUCUGAUCGCGACUCGAAUGUAUGUGAGUAAGAGAAUGCGAUUCGUAUGCAUUAGUUUUAAUUAUGUGAGUUGUGAGAACCUUAAAUGUUUGCUCCCUCGUUUCCAACUUAAUUUAAUAUAUUUUAGGCGAUUUCGGAAAAUAAUAAAUUUAAAUAAUAAUAAAAUCCUAGUGGUAGCGAAAGACAGGUCGACAAGAAUCUUCUAUCGCAUACAUACAGAAAUUAUGGUAUGUAUCAGGUUAUUCCAAUAUACGUAGGAAUUUAGAAUGUUCAAUAAAAUGAAGCUACCCAUUCGGCUAUAAAAGCAUAACACAAUAAUUUUAAAAAAUACGGAACGGAAUAAAAUGCCAAAAAAUAUAUUGAAUGGUACCCCACUGUAGGUCUAUGCAAUAUGAAUUUUAAUAAUAGACGCAACCACCAACAAACGUAAUAAAGGCAAUGUAUAAAAUGUUAAGGUAUGGAAUCUGAAAUAGUUUAGAAGUAUAUUUUCUGUAUUACACUGUCCAACCGCGCAUGCAUUCUAGAUAUUCAGCUGGGGGGUUAAUGCUCUUGAACGUGAAUCACGGGCGAAAAUAGAAUGAAAUAUUAAAUUAUCGAAACGAAAAUAAAUUUAAAAAAA